AUGACCCAUUUCCACCUCCAAGCCAAAGCGAAGUUCAACAUCGACCGCAUCGUCACGGCGAGAGUGGGGGAUCUUUUUGUCGAGGAGGUUUGUGCGCCGUUUGAGAUUCGGGAGGUCGAGGGUAUGGAGAGGUUGUUUGAUGUUAGUUGGAGGAGGGAGAUUGUUUUGGGGGUGCCUGGGAAGGUGGAGGAGAUGGGUGUUAUUGGGAGUACAGCACCACCUCCCCCGGUUGGACAGCAGAGUCGGGAGAUUGGUACCAAGUCGCCUCCGGCUGGGCAGCAGGAUGGCGUAAGGUCGGUGUCGCUGCCGGUGCCAGCGCAAGUCCCGAUCACGGCUAGCCGGGGUGAGUCUUCUAAGUCAAGCGUGGGCAAGGGUGGGAAAGCUUCUGGCUUCACAGCGUGUGGCUCACAAUUCAAGCUCCCAAAUCAUAUCGCCGAUGCAAAGAUCUUCACCUAG